AUGGAUCAUAUUGAUACAACUACACACGAAGCAGAGCUAGGCUGCGCAGAGGCUCAUAGUCAAUGCGGUCCUGCAGGGUCCGUGAACCUUGCAGCUGAAGCGCCGCAGAGGACGAGCAUCGUGCCCGAUCACGUCUCUUUUUACAAUGAUGACCAAAACGACGACCCUGAAGACUGCCAAGAGACAGUUGACUCUCCCCUGCUUAGCACUUCAUUGGCGGGAUGCUCUGGCAAUGUUUUGGCCAAUAUGGAAUCGAGGAGCGCCUCCCCUAAUGCAGUCCGCGAGUUGGAGGAGGCGUUAUGGCUGGCCCAAGAAGAGCUUGCUGAGGAGCAAAGGCUACGCGCGGAGGAACGGAAACACUAUGCAAUAUUCCAUGAUGAAUACCUCCGACUUCAAGAGGAAAGCAUCAUCAAUAGCAGGCGCACUACUGCUGCCGAGGUGGUUGCUCAAGCAUCGCGUUCUCUAGCAAGGCAAGCGAUUGAAGACAAAGAGUAUGUUGCAAGAUUGCUCAACCAAGCACAGACAGAGCUUCACUGCGUGAUCGCUCUUGUCGAAGACCUCAUGCCUAGAUUUAAAGAGAAGCUCUGCAAGCUUGUUGAACAAGGGAACACAGUCGUUGCAUUGUUAGCCAGCCGUUGGCCAGAGGCAAGACUUAGAAAGCAAAUUGAAGCGCUUGGGAUUUCUGACCAGCCUUUGGCACGGCUGGCUCUGUGCCACGCCCUGAAGACAAAGGAAACUACUUAUGUGAAGGUAGCUCUUCAGCGGUGUUCGGAUGUUUCUACAUCCUGUCUUUCAUCGUCACGAGAGUUAUUGCAGCAUGGGAGGCCUCUUGAGCGCCCACCAGGGGACCCUCAGAUGAAACAAAGCGAGGUGGUUGAGGCAAUGGAGGAUCACGAGGGAACAGCACUUGCAGGGCAGCAAAUCAGAAAAUGUAGCAGCCAAGUGGAAGGUCUUAGUAGAGAGCGCGCUCGAGGUCAUCGCUUGACGGCAGGGCCAGUCGUAGUAGGGACUGAUGCAACCUGUUGCCUGCAAGGUAACAUUCGUCAGCCAUGCCAUGUCCCGCAGGGUCGCAAGUGCCCCAAUAUGGCAGGGGCACUCUCUUCCAGAAUGUACUUGCGUAAUGGCGCUGCUGUUGACAGACGGCCUGGCAGCAAAGGGUGUGUCCCUGCUAUUAUCAGCCCGAAGAAUGGGAACAAGCUUGUUUGUGCCCCAGCAAUAGUUUCAGCACGUCCUCGACUGCAAGCGGCUCCUCCCCGGAAGUUGAAGCCACUUGAUGCAGCAGUGCAUUUGACACCUAGAAAUUUGAGGCACCCUUUGCCUCCUCUUCCUUUUGGAAAAGGAGCUCUCUUGGGAGCCGGGAGAUUGGCAGCACGGGAUCUCAACCACGCAGACCGGUCCGACGUGUCCCUCCCAAAAAAUAAUGCUCAUGGCGAAAUGUUCCCUUGGAAGAAAGACACAGUAACCACUCCGGCAGCAUCAAGGAGAUCAACAGUUCGAUCGGAAAGGCAAUCCAAGGAGGAGCAUGGAAUCAAGCAUCGCGAUACCCAGGGUCACAGCUCAAGGCCGGCAUUCCUUCGCUCUUCUUCAAGGCCGUCUGUCACUCAGUCGAAAGCACCUUCGGAGAGCUCUGGGUUGUCAGCGCACUUCCACACGGGGACCAACUUGCGGGCCACACAGCCACCUCCGGUUAAAGGGGCUACUCUUCGACUUAACGGCAUACCCAGUCGUAUGACAUAUGGAGCAGUACUGCCCAGUGGCAAAGACCCAAUUAAAAGGCAGUCAGUAGCAAACUUUCUCAAGGAAAGUGAGAAGCUAGGGCCUAGUGGCAAGGUAUGUGAAGAUCAAAACCGGAUCGUUAGGAACAAAGGAACACAUGAGGACCUCUCGAGUGGCCUACAGAAGAUUAUAAUGCCGCCAUUGCCAUCUUGCAUCCAGCAAUCGGAGCUUACUAGUGGUAGUGUUGCCGGGGGAUACACUGAAGGUAGCUCUACAGCCGCCUUUUCAGUAGCGGUUGACUCGGAGAAACAAAAUAACACGGAGAAAUGCUCAACGAAUAACAGAAUCAUAGAAACUCCAAAAGCAGCGCCGACCUUUCUUUGUGCUUCGAGAUCUGAACAAAUGGCGGCAGAAUUUCGACAGACAGGAGCGUCACAGUGCAAGAAUGAAAGCAAUGCUGACGCAUCGAAGGCAGCAGCUUCAGUACAAGAAGAACACACUAAGCGUGAACAACAGUCGAUAUUCGCCCCCCGCACUGUGGGUACCUUCGUUUUACAGGAUACUAAGCACAGUGCUUCAGUUCAUGGGGGAAUUUUUCACAGUGGAGCUGCUGGGGUACCUCAGGAUGGUGCGUCUGAAGCGCCUUUGAGUGGAACUACUGCUGUAAGGCAGCUGCGAGUCGCGAAGUCUGGGCAAUCUCUUGCGCCACAGCUGCCUUUUUUGGGAGCCUCGCAUGUUCAGCGAGCUUCAGUAGAUUUUUCGGGACAGAAGAACGGAGAGAGACCAUCUUGGGGUACAUGGAGUGCGCAGCAGAUUCCGGCCUUUGGUGUGGCUCGAGGCACCCUUCCAGUAAACAACCAAAGGCUGUAUCUUGGUAGAUCAUUCAAGGCACCAGACGGAUGGGAACCUAGAACCCCAUAUGAAGAGCCUGUACGCACUUCACUCCCAGAAAACUGUAAAAGUAGCUUGCAAAUGCAUGCGAAGAAUUUCCCCGCUCAGCAUUACCAUUCGUACAUCACCCAAUGCUCAGGAGAAUUGCCGGUGGCAGCCUCUACAGCUGCUCGUCCCCCCGCCGUGGCUCCAAAUAAUCUACCUGCUUAUUGUAUCCAGCAACAGUUAAGCUUGCAACAGCACACACUGCAUCACCCAUACAUACAGUGCCAACCACAUCAGCCUGUAAGAGCAGUCCCCAACCAGCAGUCACACGGGCCCUCCAACGUGCAACUAAUCAUGCGGCAUGUUGCGCCUGGCUUCACUGCACGGCAGCGGCAGCACACGUGGAACCCAACGGCAAUCGGGUGCGCAAACAGAUGA